AAUGGCCUGAAAUUUGCAGCCUCAGUCAACAAUUUCUCUUUUGCUCUGCCAUCAACAGCAAUGCUUCAAGCACAUUUUUCUGGACAGUCCAGUGGAGUUUACACCACAGAUUUUCCCACCAAGCCACUUGUGGCAUUUAAUUAUACAGGAACACCACCAAAUAUCACUAAUGUGAGCAAUGCCACAAGGGCUGUGGUGUUGCCUUUCAACACAAGUGUGGAGCUGGUGCUUCAGGACACUAGCAUUCUGGGUGCUGAGAGCCACCCUCUCCAUCUACAUGGGUAUAAUUUCUUUAUUGUUGGACGUGGGUUUGGUAACUAUGAUCCAACUAAGGACCCUGCUAAUUUUAAUCUGGUGGAUCCUGCGGAGAGGAACACUGCUGGUAUUCCAGCUGGUGGUUGGAUUGCGAUUCGUUUCUUCGCAGAUAAUCCAGGGGUGUGGUUUAUGCACUGUCACUUGGACAUUCACACAAGCUGGGGGCUAAGGAUGGCGUGGAUCGUUCAGGAUGGGCCGCAACCGAACCAGAAGUUACCACCACCGCCGUCCGAUCUUCCUAAGUGUUGAGUUUGACUGACCAUGUGUCCGGAUUUCCCUCUUCUUUUUUUUCCCUCAUGUUGAGUGAUUGUUAUUGAAUUUUCCUCUUUCAAGGCCUUUAACUUAUAACUACAUAUGAUGAUUAAUGAUCAUAUUCUUUUGCUACAUCCAUGAUCGAGUCAUCAAAAGAAUAACCACGGAUUUUCUCUUUCUCUGUUUAUAUAUCUCAUGGUGUAAUAUUCAAUAUUUAAUGACAUUUUUUUUUUCUUGUU